CUGAACGUCAAGUCAGAGGUCAAUUUCGAUGAAUCGCUAUCCUUUAGCUUCUCAGUCGUUUGUUUCAGAACAAGAAAUACAUCCUUUCCCUCGUAACUUUACCGUAAUUCGCUGAACCAAAGCGUCAAGAAACACGUUCCUCUUAGGAUCAUUAAGCACCUGCCAGUACGACCAGUCGUAAAGACCCCUGAAGCUUGCUUCGCGUUCGUUCUAAAUUUGAGGUAAUGUUCUUGCUAUUAUUAGAGAGCGUGUUUACAGUGAAGAAAUGUAAAAUGGUUUCCGUGUUUACAUAGCCUGAUGUAAACACGCGGGAGGUUGGGAGAACACUCGAUAAGCUGGAAACCACCAUAAAAUAGCUACGUAAUGAAAGAGGAACGAAAACCGCGUUUACAUACGCUCAUGUAAAAUGGUUUUAUGGCCAAUCAGAGCGCGCGCACUAUCUGAAUUGUUUUAUAAAGUGAGAUAUCCAGCGAACGUUCGUGUAAUGCAAAAGGUUUGUAAGUCUUUCCUUAGGUGUGUAUGUUUAAAUGAGACAUAAUCGUCAUGAAACAGCUUAAUUAUGAACAAGAAACAAGUCGAUGGAAAUCUUAGGACCGUAGACUCGUCGAAUUAAAGGUCCAUCAGAGACAAUCUCUUUUGAGUGACCAAGUUUACAAAAGCAGAAAUUUUUCUCAAUGUCAUCAGCUCUCAGAAGCUCUCAUGAAGGAAUACGUCCACUUUCUUCGCCAAUUAUUUGAAGUAUUUCCAUUUACGACCUCACUUAGGUCACCAAUUUACGCGUGAAUGAGAUUUUGCAAUGAGCCAAACUUAAAUACGUAUACGGUAUCAAAGUUGUUCUUACAUGGGGCUCUCCAUAACACGGUCAAAUGUCCAGUAGCCAGGCACACUCGCCCGGAAGUUGGGGAUUUUACAGACUUUUUACUGAAAGAAUUUUUGGGAUCGCUCGACAUUUCUAAACAAACCGAAAAACAUGAUAUCAAAGGGAAGUUUGAAAGAAUAUUUCAAGAGAAAUUUUCUGAAAAUUGCCUAGCUUCCAGGUAUUUUAUAGUCUGUUUGAGAUCGUGAGCAGCUGCUGGGCAUUUGGCCACAGUGUAAAACGUUUUAUUUCCUGUCGCCUUUCCGUUCAGGAAAGUGAGUCGCAAAAAAUAUGGGAAGCAGAGGGAGCCUGGGUAUGAGCAUCCGCUUGCAAAUCGCUUUCGUAAAACAAUUCAUAGUGGUAAUUGACCUAAAUGAGGUGCACCUUAGUCGGCACGAUUUGAAAUCAGAAGUAUGAUUUCAGACCAAAAUUGUGCAACAGAAAUUUCAAUUAGCACUAUAUUACAUUAAUUUUGAAAUGGCCAAAUUCAGUUGCUUGGAUACAGGAUUUAGUCAGAGCUAGCUGUAGAAAUAUGUUAUUGAUUCAGUAGUGAACUGGUUUAUGGAAAGUUGCAAACGUUGUUUUCAUUAUCCUGCAAUUUGAUUGAUUUCUUUAAACAAGUUCUGUGACAAGUUCUUGUAUCUGACAAUUUUAAAUGUGAAUUCUUGGAAGUUCAGAGUGGAACUUCCAUUUAGGUGACACCACAGGACUAGAAAAAAUGUCCUCUGAAUAGACGUUUCAACUGGGAGGGGAACAGAUGCAAUGGUUAAGAGUGUGUCCAUGAGAGCUUCAGGCAGUCGUGCUGCACCCCAUCUCACCGGUUUCAGUGAAACUUUGCUAGUUAAAAGGGUCUACCCCAAAACUCAAACAGACAGACCUGUUUUUUUUUCAGGUUUGGUUAUUUCUGGGGGGAAAUAGAACACCCCCCGGUUUUUCUUGGUUUUAGCUGAGGAAAUCAUUGCAAAAUAGGUAAAAUGUAUGAAGCUCUUACUCUGAUGGUAUCUAGUUGAUUACUCUAAGGGUUUGCUUAGUACAUAUUGUUACAUCCUUAAUUAAUGUACAACACAAUUAUUGAUCAAUUUGAUGGAAAGCUUGUCAAUCAACAGAGACAAAUGAAUGACUAAGUUAUUAGACCUUUCAAUUCAUCCAAAUAUUUGAUAACUUUGAAGCCAAAUUUCUCUCCCUGCCAGAAUUCUAAGAAGCAUCAAAAAAAUGUUUGGGCACUGCUGUAUUUUUGUUAUGAAUGCCUUUUAAAAUCUGUAACCGUGACAAGCUUCUCUCAACUACACCUGUCACGCAAUUUUGGCUCAAAAUCAGUAAAUAUGUCUUUUGUACGGCACAAAACAUUCAUUAGUCUAUGCUUUGAUUGUUUAUUAUGCAAAUAUGUUAUUGAUCCAGUGGUGCAUGAGCUGGUUUAUGGGAAGUUGCAAACGUUGUUUUCAUUUACCUGUGAUUUAAUGAUUGGUUUCUUUACGCAAGCUCAAUGGGAAGUUCAUGUAUUGGACAAUUUAAAUCAGAACUCUCGAAAUUUCAGGGUAGAACUUCCAAUGGGACAUUUUACAGUUGUAUACUUAGUUGUCAAGGGCACAUAAGGAAGCAAAUUGCGAUCGCGUUGUUGAUGAUUUGCAUUCAUGACUUCGCGUUUAUGAUUUCACAUUCAUUUUACUGAGUUUGGAGAGAAAAAUUAACCUGAAUACUACUCCAAGGCUAGUUAUGAGUGGAAGAAAGAGAUAGAAUGCAAAUGAAAGAAAAAUUUAUAAUCUUUGGCAGAGAUGUCGAGUGUGUCUUUGAAAGGUGAAGAAUCAAAAGGACAAGAGAAGAAAGAUGAACAUAAAAAACGAAAAGCAGAAGGCCAACCAAGCUGGCAUGAAAAAGCUGUCACUGCAAAUUUCAAGGAGGAAGAAAUAGACAUCCCAAAGAGAAAGGUGGGACUUAUAAUAGGAAAAAAAGGUUGGAGAAUAAUGGACAUAAUCACCCGAAGUGGAGUCCAGGACUUGUUCAUCAAGGAAGAACGUGUUUACAUAAAAGGAACAGAUGAACAACGCACCUGUGCAAAACAAAUUAUCAGAAAGGUCCUAUGUGUGAGUUUUACAUUUAUUUUUACCCCUUUUAUGUUAUUAUUUAUUGUGUUGUUUUGUUAACUUCCUCAUAGCCAUAGAAAAACUUAUGCAAAGCAAAGUUUGCACUGAUGAUUCUAGUGGUUAGCAUAAAUGUUAGUGACUGUGAGUGGGUCACAAGGCCCGCCUAUUUUCCAUCCUUAAAUCUUUCCUUCCUUCCAUCUCUCCAUUUUCCUGUCCUUCCAUCCUUCCAUCUUUCCAUUUCUCCAUAUUUACUUCCUUUCUUCCCUCUAUUCUUCUGUCCUUCAAUCCUUCCAUCCUUACAUUUCUCCUUAUUUGGUUCCUUCCAUCUAUUCUUCUGUCCUUCAAUCCUUCCAUCCUUACAUUUCUCCUUAUUUGGUUCCUUUCUUCCCUCUAUUCUUCUGUCCUUCAAUCCUUCCAUCCUUCCAUUUCUCCUUAUUUGGUUCCUUUCUUCCCUCUAUUCUUUUGUCCUUCAAUCCUUCCAUCCUUACAUUUCUCCUUAUUUGCUUCCUUUCUUCCAUCUAUUCUUCUGUCCUUCAAUCCUUCCAUCCUUACAUUUCUCCUUAUUUGCUUCCUUUCUUCCCUCUAUUCUUCUGUCCUUCAAUCCUUCCAUCCUUACAUUUCUUCUUAUUUGGUUCCUUUCUUCCCUCUAUUCUUCUGUCCUUCAAUCCUUCCAUCCCUCCAUUUCUCCUUAUUUGCUUCCUUUCUUCCAUCUAUUCUUCUGUCUUUCAAUCCUUCCAUCCUUCCAUUUCUCAUUAUCUGCUUCCUUUCUUCCCUCUAUUCGUCUGUCCUUCAAUCCUUCCAUCCUUCCAUUUCUUCUUAUUUGCUUCCUUUCUUCCCUCUAUUUUUCUGUCCUUCAAUCCUUCCAUCCUUCCAUUUCUCAUUAUCUGCUUCCUUUCUUCCCUCUAUUCGUCUGUCCUUCAAUCCUUCCAUCCUUCCAUUUCUCAUUAUCUGCUUCCUUUCUUCCCUCUAUUCUUCUGUCCUUCAAUCCUUCCGUCCUUCCAUUUCUCCUUAUCUGCUUCCUUUCUUCCCUCUAUUCUUCUGUCCUUCAAUCCUUCCAUCCUUCCAUUUCUCCUUAUCUGCUUCCUUUCUUCCCUCUAUUCUUCUGUCCUUCAAUCCUUCCAUCCUUCCAUUUCUCCUUAUUUGCUUCCUUUCUUCCCUCUAUUCUUCUGUCCUUCAAUCCUUCCAUCCUUACAUUUCUUCUUAUUUGGUUCCUUUCUUCCCUCUAUUCUUCUGUCCUUAAAUCCUUCCAUCUUUACAUUUCUUCUUAUUUGCUUCCUUUCUUCCCUCUAUUCUUCUGUCCUUAAAUCCUUCCAUCUUUACAUUUCUCCUUAUUUGCUUCCUUUCUUCCCUCUAUUCUUCUGUCCUUCAAUCCUUCCAUCUUUACAUUUCUUCUUAUUUGCUUCCUUUCUUCCCUCUAUUCUUCUGUCCUUCAAUCCUUCCAUCUUUACAUUUCUUCUUAUUUGGUUCCUUUCUUCCCUCUAUUCUUCUGUCCUUCAAUCCUUCCAUCUUUACAUUUCUUCUUAUUUGGUUCCUUUCUUCCCUCUAUUCUUCUGUCCUUAAAUCCUUCCAUCCUUACAUUUCUCCUUAUUUGCUUCCUUUCUUCCCUCUAUUCUUCUGUCCUUAAAUCCUUCCAUCUUUACAUUUCUUCAUAUUUGCUUCCUUUCUUCCAUCUAUUCUUCUGUCCUUAAAUCCUUCCAUCUUUACAUUUCUCCUUAUUUGCUUCCUUUCUUCCCUCUAUUCUUCUGUCCUUCAAUCCUUCCAUCUUUACAUUUCUUCUUAUUUGGUUCCUUUCUUCCCUCUAUUCUUCUGUCCUUCAAUCCUUCCAUCUUUACAUUUCUUCUUAUUUGGUUCCUUUCUUCCCUCUAUUCUUCUGUCCUUCAAUCCUUCCAUCUUUACAUUUCUUCUUAUUUGGUUACUUUCUUCCCUCUAUUCUUCUGUCCUUAAAUCCUUCCAUCCUUACAUUUCUCCUUAUUUGCUUCCUUUCUUCCCUCUAUUCUUCUGUCCUUAAAUCCUUCCAUCUUUACAUUUCUUCUUAUUUGGUUCCUUUCUUCCCUCUAUUCUUCUGUCCUUAAAUCCUUCCAUCUUUACAUUUCUCCUUAUUUGCUUCCUUUCUUCCCUCUAUUCUUCUGUCCUUCAAUCCUUCCAUCUUUACAUUUCUCCUUAUUUGCUUCCUUUCUUCCAUCUAUUCUUCUGUCUUUCAAUCCUUCCAUCCUUCCAUUUCUCAUUAUCUGCUUCCUUUCUUCCCUCUAUUCGUCUGUCAUUCAAUCCUUCCAUCCUUCCAUUUCUCCUUAUUUGGUUCCUUUCUUCCAUCUAUUCUUCUGUCCUUCAAUCGUUCCAUCUUUACAUUCCUCCUUAUUUGGUUCCUUUCUUCCCUCUAUUCUUCUGUCCUUCAAUCCUUCCAUCCUUCCAUUUCUCCUUAUUUGCUUCCUUACUUCCUUUCAUUUUUCUGUCCUUCAAUCCUUCCAUGCUUCUAUUCCUACUUAUUUGUUUCCCUUCUUCCCUCUAUUCUUUUGUCCUUCAAUCCUUCCAUCUAUUCUAUUUCCCCUAUCUGCUUCCUUUCUUUCUUCCAUUUUUCUGUCCUUCAAUCCUUCCAUCCUUCCAUUUCUCCUUAUUUGCUUCCUUUCUUCCAUCUAUUCUUCUGUCCUUCAAUCCUUCCAUCCUUCCAUUUCUCCCUAUUUGCUUCCUUUCUUCCAUCUAUUCUUCUGUCCUUCAAUCCUUCCAUCCUUACAUUUCUCCCUAUUUGCUUCCUUUCUUCCAUCUAUUCUUCUGUCCUUCAAUCCUUCCAUCUUUACAUUUCUCCUUAUUUGCUUCCUUUCUUCCAUCUAUUCUUCUGUCCUUCAAUCCUUCCAUCCUUCCAUUUCUCCUUAUUUGCUUCCUUUCUUCCAUCUAUUCUUCUGUCCUUCAAUCCUUCCAUCCUUCCAUUUCUCCUUAUUUGCUUCCUUUCUUCCAUCUAUUCUUCUGUCCUUCAAUCUAUCCAUCCUUCCAUUUCUCCUUAUUUGCUUCCUUUCUUCCAUCUAUUCUUCUGUCCUUCAAUCCUUCCAUCCUUCCAUUUCUCCCUAUUUGCUUCCUUUCUUCCAUCUAUUCUUCUGUCCUUCAAUCCUUCCAUCCUUCCAUUUCUCCCUAUUUGCUUCCUUUCUUCCAUCUAUUCUUCUGUCCUUCAAUCCUUCCAUCUUUACAUUUCUCCUUAUUUGCUUCCUUUCUUCCAUCUAUUCUUCUGUCCUUCAAUCCUUCCAUCCUUCCAUUCCUUCUUAUUUGGUUCCUUUCUUCCCUCUAUUCUUCUGUCCUUUAAUCCUUCCAUCUUUACAUUCCUUCUUAUUUGGUUCCUUUCUUCCCUCUAUUCUUCUGUCCUUCAAUCCUUCCAUCCUUCCAUUCCUUCUUAUUUGGUUCCUUUCUUCCAUCUAUUCUUCUGUCCUUCAAUCCUUCCAUCUUUCCAUUCCUCCUUAUUUGCUUCCUUUCUUCCAUCUAUUCUACUGUCCUUCAAUCCUUCCAUCUUUACAUUCCUCCUUAUUUGGUUCCUUUCUUCCCUCUAUUCUUCUGUCCUUCAAUCUUCCAUCCUUUCCAUUUCUCCUUAUUUGUUUCCUUACUUCCUUCCAUUUUCUGUCCUUCAAUCCUUCCAUCCUUCUAUUCCUACUUAUUUGUUUCCUUUCUUCCCUCCAUUCUUCUGUCCUUCAGUCUUUCUAUCCAUUCCAUUUCUCCUUAUUUGCUUCCUUACUUCCUUCCAUUUUUCUGUCUGUCAAUCCUGUCGUUACUUUUUUUUCUUUUUUUUUGGAGUUGCGUGACUGAUAACCUCGUUUUGAAAUUGUGAGCCUCGGUUCCAGCUACGUACCUCGUAAAAAAUACGUAUUGCGGACGUUUUUUGAGAGAGCAGAGAUUUUGAGUUGUGUUUUCCUAGUGAUUUGAGUUUUCACUUUGUGAGGAUUAAACCUUUUAUUCGAAACGGAAGUUUUGUUCCCACAAUCCUUCCAUCCAUUCCAUUCGGUUCCUCCCUAUCUGCUUCCUUAUAUUCUUAUUUCUCCUUAUUUGGUUCCUUUCUUCCCUCAAUUCUUCUGUCCUUCAAUCCUUCCAUCUUUACAUUUCUUCUUAUUUGGUUCCUUUCUUCCCUCUAUUCUUCUGUCCUUCAAUCCUUCCAUCCUUACAUUUCUUCUUAUUUGGUUCCUUUCUUCCCUCUAUUCUUCUGUCCUUCAAUCCUUCCAUCCUUACAUUUCUCCUUAUUUGCUUCCUUUCUUCCCUCUAUUCUUCUGUCCUUCAAUCCUUCCAUCUUUACAUUUCUCCUUAUUUGGUUCCUUUCUUCCCUCUAUUCUUCUGUCCUUCAAUCCUUCCAUCCUUCCAUUCCUUCUUAUUUGGUUCCUUUCUUCCCUCUAUUCUUCUGUCCUUCAAUCCUUCCAUCUUUACAUUCCUCCUUAUUUGCUUCCUUUCUUCCAACUAUUCUACUGUCCUUCAAUCCUUCCAUCUUUACAUUCCUCCUUAUUUGGUUCCUUUCUUCCCUCUAUUCUUCUGUCCUUCAAUCUUUCCAUCCUUUCAUUUCUCCUUAUUUGCUUCCUUUCUUCCCUCUAUUCUUUUGUCCUUCAAUCCUUCCAUCCUUCCAUUUCUCCUUAUUUGCUUCCUUUCUUCCCUCUAUUCUUCUGUCCUUCAAUCCUUCCAUCCUUACAUUCUUCCUCAUUUGCUUCCAUUCUUCUGUUCCUGCAUCCUUCCUUCCUCCCUUCCUUUCCUCCCCCUUUCUUCUUUUCUUCUUUCCUUCUUUCUAUUGUUCGUUCCUUUCUUCUUUCCCACUUACUUUCCUUCCUUCCAACCCUCCUUUAUCUCUACCCUCUCCCUUGCCUCCUCUCCCUCCUACUUCCUUUGUUUCUGCCUUCCUUCCUUCCGUACCUUCCUCCCCUCUUUCCUUCCACGCUUUGUGUCACUUUCGUUCCUUCAUUUUCAUGCGCGCCUCCCUGUUUCUUUCCGUAAUUUUUCUCACUCCCGUAACUACAUUUAAAGCUCAAUAUUUUUUUUGCAUUUUAAACAUGUCAACCAGGGAGAAGACAGCCCUGACCGAGGGUCUUGGGAAGAGUUGACCUUCAUACCAGAAGAUUUCAUGGCUAAAGUAAUUGGGAAAAACCGUAUGAAUUUGGACAAAAUAGAAGCGAAAACUAAGGCAACUUUGAAAGUCUCUGAGAAGAAUAGCUUGUAUAUCAAGGGAUCUCCUGAGAGCAAGAAGCAAGCUAUUCGGGAAAUAAAGGAAACCAUGGUAAGUCGCUCUGUGACAUAUAGCGUACUUUGUGAGAUUUUUCAGGUGGAUAUCACCAAGGGACAGAAUACCAAUAUCCAGCGACUCCCAGAAUAUUAUCAAGUUGCAAGCAACGGAGCGAAUCAGUCAAUGAGCAGUCAGUUAAUUUGAUUUUGCUUGUCUGUGCUUGCUAGUAAGCUGAGUUUAAGGUACAACUUCCAUAAUUGACCACCGCUAAUGAAAACCAAUUACCCAAUUCCUAAUGCAAGCACAACUCGAUCGCCUGCAGAAUCUCUGUUCCCCUUGGGAGCCUGAUAAAAAGAUUAUGGUAACAGGCUUCAGUGACCAGUGGAUAAAACAUAUCUUUAAUGGUGAAGACAUCAGUGGCCAUAAUCAGGUAACAAGCCCAACAUGUCCUCUUGAUAAAUCCCACACAAUACGUAUGAUUUUGAAAUUACAGAGGUGUAUAUUUAACAAUUAUUCGCCUCAGGUUCAGUGAAUGUUGUUGAAUUAUCGUCUCGAGGAUUACUCAACAGUGUUCACUGAGCCUGAGGCGAUAAUUGUUUUAGUAUAAUUGCUCAGGUGCUGGUGAUUACUCGUAUCAAGAUAAGCAAGGAGCUUUGGCAGGUCUAUUUAAUUAAAUCAACAAAAACUUAAUAUCCUUCUUUUGCUUUUCGCGGUUGAAUUUUCUUCUAUCGUGCUCAUCACUUCCUCGCAAACAUUGACAAAAGGCGAGGCAACCACUUUGAAAUUUAGCACUCCUGCCACAAUUACCUCGCGCUUCCUCGCGCGAGGUGAUUAUAGUUAGGUAGGACGUAAUCCUCGACCCAUCAGAGCGCGUGCAUCUCUCUAAUAACCGGAACAAUUACACCAAAUGCCUAUUGAAUUCAAAGGGAACGUUACUUACCAUGUUAUGUAUGCGAUUAUCAUUUUUUUCCCCUAUGAAGAAUGGAGGCAAGGAAAAAUACGUUGCAAAAGUUGUCCAUGUGGACACUGCACAUUUGGAAGAAGACCAUGAGUUUAAGCUAUCCAUCGCACAACCGCCACCAACCAGAAACAAGUAUUUCAAAUUAAAACUACAGGACGAUCCUUUAAAAGGGGUAUGUCGUUGAAUUCAAAUCUGUCUUGAAGGAAAUACCUAACAAAAAAUGCUGUGAAAGCUAAUAAUUUUAUUUUUUCUUUAAUUAUUCAACCCUAUUUUUAUCGGAACCCUCCUGGGAGUACUGGAAGAGGGCUUCGACCACCGUUUCAACUUGAAAAAGAAUAGUUCGUUGAGACACUCACGGAAACAGAACCAGUUGUGCUGGUCCCUUCGCUCGCAAGACUCGAUUACUAACUAUCCUUUCUAACUACCAUAGAUUCUCUUUAAUGUCCCUUUUGAAAAUCUCUUGGUACAACAAGACGAUAUUUGCUAGAUGGUAAUCUAGGAGUUUUAAUGAUAUUGCAAGCAAAAGUUACACAUCAACCCAUUCCGUCGGCCAAAAACUAGUUUAGCCAGCAGGCUUCGUCUUUAACUUGCUUAGCGGCCCAUGGGCGAGUGUUUUGGAAGUAAAAAGGCGGCACUACAGGAGAUUCAGCAUAAAAGUACAGAACUGCAGUUGCUUCGUCGUCUUACAUUAGAGCUACAUUCAGGUUUUUAUACCAACGAUGUGAUGAAAUCAUGUCGAGAAAUCACCUGUAUUGAAGAGAAUUUAAGAACUGCAAACACCAGGUCUAUUUAUCUCUUAGACUUUUUCUUAUCCACGAAACUGUGCGUGAUGGUUCUUGUGAACGUCUCACUAUGAAAGGUGUGUUUUUAGAUCUUGCCGGCUACUUCAACUAAUGAAUGUAUUAUUUCAAAGGAAACACCCUCUGGUUUUGUGGGCACGGAAAUCCUAGAAGAAGAGGUCCUGCGGUUUUUGAAGCAAAUUCACAAAAAGAAGGAGGAGGAGAUGGUCAUGGUAGUUAUUUCGUGUUAUUUUGGUCACGCCUACCUAAUCAAGAUUAAUGAAGGUCAGUCCUGUAGAUUUUAUGAGUCUUUCGGCGAAUUGGUGAGGUAUCAAUUAGAGAUUUUUUCAUACUUCUUUCGGUAGAUGAAGAGGAUGACAUCUUCACCCUGAAGGAGGUCAAAGCGAGAAUUGAAUCAAAGGAUGACGAUCGUUGGGAGACAAUAUUCCGGAAAGUUGAGACAAUCGAAGUUGAGCAGACUGAAAAGUCUCUCAAAGCUUAUGCAUGCACAGCUAGUGAUGACCUACGAUACGACCUCACCUUCUUAACGCCAUCUGGUUUAGAAUUUCUAGUCAAGGUAAUUUAACCAUGUACCAAAUGAUUUUUUCUGCCGGGUUGGGGCUACCGUCGCCUCUAGACUAUGGUCACUAAGCAAGGACAUUCAACCCGAAAAAAGCAUCUAUGUCAAGCUAAAGGUAGGCAGAUGUCGAACCCAAGCUGAUUCGCGUCUCCACCUUUGUUCGUUAAUCCUUAAGCAUCGUUAACUAGGCCUAAGAUGCCAUCACCUUUCUAAUUGUGUUUACUACCAUUUCGUUCACUUUAAAUUAACCAAUUAAAACGUUCGAUGGAGAAAAAUGCUAGAUUUCCAUCCUCAUCAUCCUAACCCAAACAUGUGCCGAAUCAUUUUUCCUGCCGGGUUGGGGCUACCGUUGCCUCUAGACUAAGGUCACUAAGCAAGCACACUCAACCCGAAAAAGACAUCUAUGUCAAGCUAAAGGUAGACAGAUGUCGAACCCAAGCUGAUUCACGUCUCCACCUUUGUUCGUUAAUCCGUUAAGCAUCGUUAAGUAGGGCUAUGACGCCAUCACCUUUCUAAUUGUGUUUUACUGCCAUUUCAUGUACUUUAAAUUAACCAAUUAAAACGUUCGAUCGAGAAAAAUGCUAGAUCUCCGUCCUAACCAUCCUAACCCAAACAUUAAGCCAUGUUAGCUCAGAUAAAAGGAAAUUUUACAACCCCCACAGUUCACAUAGCGUUCAACAGCUUUUUAUUAACUCUAUUAAAGCUCCUGAAGGCGUGUUUCUACUCUACCAAAAUGUUCUUAACGAUCUGGCCUUCUAUACUUUUUAUCAAACCUAUGGUGUCCAUUGAUUUUAAGGUAGCUCUGUGAGCACCAUGGUGUUCUAUUAUGCAUAUUGUAUCAAAUAGUGUACAGGAGAUAACACGACGAAUUAAGGGAUAUUGUCUUGAUUUGUGAUCCUUAUACCUUGAGCAGUUUCAAGUAAUUUUUGCUGAUGAACUCUGAGCUAUCGAAAUAGAGGCUGUGUAGGGUUCGUAACACUGCAGUAACAGACAAGCAUGAUUACACGUCUAGCAGAAGAGAGCCUUCUGACAUUUUGUUUCGCGUCUGGCCAGUAAAAGAAUAUAAAAGUGUUGUUAAACCAGUUCACCAAGAUUUCACUUACAGACGGUGUAAAUUAGCCAGGGCCCGACCAAAUUUUCCCUCUUUAUUUGUUAUCAUUAUCCCUCUGUUAUUAGGUAUGGCUCAUCGAAAAAGAACCUGGGGUCGAAGGCGCUUCAGCGUCUUCCCUGGCGUUCCGUCGCAGCCCUCAACUUUCUGUCAGAAACGCCUUGACAGAAAUCUUGCAUGACGACCAUAGUGGAGAUACAUCGAACUCACCAAUUUUCUACAUCAGCGAUACAUUUAAUCAGCAAAUGACAAUCGACAUUCUAUCGCCGUCUGCAGGAUUUGAUUGCCGUUUGAAAAUACGAACAUGUAAGGAAACGUUUCUCUCAAACUUAAGAUCAAAGAAAUAUUAUGAUUCUGUAUCAUAUGAUUCUGCGUGUUAUUUACUUCUCUAGAUAUGACUUUGGGACAUUUAUGAUAAUAUAGUUGCUUACAACUUCGUGGCAUUUCCUUCCCAUUCAAGAACAGAAAAAUUUCAGGCUAAAUAGGUUAUUAGCACGCCAGACUAAGUUUGAUGGUCACCUUAAGCCUGGUCGGUGAAAGGGCAGGGCCUAAAAUCUGAAUAUAAUUAACUUCAAGUGGUUGGUCCACCCAUCACAUAUAAUGAAAUUGAAAUGGCGAUAAUUUAAGGUUUGAGACUCGAAUGAAAAAAAAUUGCAUGUAUGUUACUAUGCAGAACAAAAAGGACAUAGUCUGACCUCACUUCUUUCCUCUUUUAGUUCCAAAGUUUCCACAAACAAAACCACAAGCAGAAAAAGAGCGCAAACUUUUAGAAAACUACCUCAUGAAGAUGAGGAUUGAUGAUGGUCAGCUGAAGUUUCCACCAAUUUCCGAGCUACCAGAUGGGUUUGACCUGUCUUUUCAGCGCCGCUGCCUUCGAAAGACAUAUCGGUAUGAACAUGACGGAGACGCGUUUACUUUAACGGUUAGCAAAGACCAGUUAAACAAAGUGAAUGCCGACCAGACUGAUGCGUACAGUUUCAAUGAAUCAGAAGCGAAGGUAUUGUUAAUCAUACACAAACAGUUUAACACUUAUAUACAUUUCCCUGAUUCAAAUUCGUCCUCACCAUCAGGUGCAAUUCUUCAUGAAUAUCAUUUCUUCGUUCGAUCACAGGUGGCCUAGUUAGCGAUAUGAGCUCAUAUUUAUUUUGUUUAAAACCUGAUAUCUGAAGGAGUAGCAUAACUACGGUUUAGAUACACGAAACUCGACUCUAUUUUGGAACAUAUGGAGAUGCAUUUGUAGGAUUGAACAGAUUCGAUUGUACAGGGAAAGCAACGGAAUCGGGCUUAGAGGCAGAUGUUCAUUUUUGCCCUAAGAUUAACUUAAGCCAAAACCUUGUUGCCUUGCCUGUUGUUCCGUCGCUUUUGAUGCCUGAGAUGUUAAGUGUCCACCAAACAGCCUUGCUUGUCCCUUCGCUCACUGAGUCAUCGGUGCGUUACUUACUUGCAUCAUACUACAUUAUACCACAUCACAACGCAUUCGCAUCACAUCAUGUCUAUCCAAAUCACAUCAUAUUCACUUUUACAUUCACGUCACAUUCACUUUUACAUCCACAUCAUAUUCAAAUCACUUUACAUUCACAUCACAUCAUAUUCACUUUCACAUUCACAUUCGCAUCACAUUACGUUCACAUCACAUUCACUUUAACAUUCACGUUUACAUCAUAUUCAGGUCACAUUACGUUCACAUCACAUCACAUUCACAUCAAAUCAUAUCACGUUACAUGCACUUCACAUUACAUCACAUCACACCACAUUCACAUUUACAUCAUAUUCACAUAACAUUACGUUCACAUCAUAUCACUUUCACAUCAAAUCACAUCAUGUUACAUUCACAUCCCAUCACAUUCACAUUACAUCGCAUUCACAUUACAUCACAUUCACAUUACAUCAUAUCUCAUUCACAUCACAUUUACAUGACAUCACAUUACAUAUACGUCAUAUUUACAUCACAUUACGUUCACAUUACAUUCACAUAAAAUCCCAUCCCAUUAAAUUCACAUCACAUCUCACACGUCACAUUCACAUCUCAUUCACAUCAUAUUACGUUUACAUCAUAUUCACAUUACCUUACAUUCACAUCACAUUCACAUCAAAUCACAUUACAUUCACAUUCAGCUUCAUAUCACAUCUCAUUCACAUCACACCACAUCACAUUACAUUCACAUUAUAUUCACAUCACAUUACGUUCACAUCUCAUUCACAUCACACCACAUCACAUUACAUUCACAUUAUAUUCACAUCACAUUACGUUCACAUCUCAUUCACAUCACACCACAUCACAUUACAUUCACAUUAUACUCACAUCACAUUGCAUUCACAUCACAUUCACAUCACAUCUCUACAUUUACAUCCCACCUCCCAAAGUGGGCAGCUCGGUGACGUGUCUUUAUUAAUUACUUUACAAGAUACAGGCAAUAAGCGAAAAGGGUCGCAUUUAUUAAACAGUUAUGUCCACUCAUUUGGAAAAUUUGAAUAAGAUUCGGUUCUUAAUAGAAGUAAACUUUUGGUAACAAGAAGUGAAUGGUCGGAUUAACGUCGUUGUAAAAUAUUUAUAUGAGAGGACCCACAAUUCAUCUGAAGCGUGACCAUGAGGUAUCGUGGAGUUACAAUCAGUAAUUAUUUCUGUGCUUAAAUGGGAUCAGUUGAUGUGAGUAUUGCUACAGCAUUUGUAUAUUGUUUUUAAUUUCUUUGCAUUACUAAUGUUUUUUGUUUGUUUAAUGUCUUUUGUCAAUCAUGAAAAGCCGAAUGUUCAUCUCAACUGUGAAGAAUGGGACCAAGUACUAAAUGAGGGAAACUGGGAACCGGAGCAGAUUACUGC